GUCUGAUCCCAUGCAGUGGGGGAGUGCCUGCUCCUGCUACCUGCAUGUUUCGGGUCCGACAGUCAGGCAGCUGUCUGCUGCCAUCCAUGAACCGGUUCGCCGGUACGAGCUGAGGAGGCUCCAGGAAUGGCAAUAACGUUGAACAAGAUCACCUCUCAACGAGGCAUCUCGGUGGGUGAGGCCACCAAGAAAAUAUCUGACCUUGGUUGGAAUCCUACCUAUGUGCAGGAAGCCUCGACAUUUCCGACCGACUACAAGAUCACCAAGGCCCCGCGCGAUCCGAUGAAGCAGGUGCUUCGUUCCUACUUCCCGAUGGAAGAGGAAAAGGACAAUCGUGUCUACGGUGCCCUGGAUGCCGCUUUGCGCGGCGACAUGUUCCGAAAUGUGGAGCCGCGCUGGAUCGAGUGGAUGAAGCUCUUCCUUGCGAUUAUUCCCUUUCCGGAAAUCUCCGCCGCACGGUCCAUGGCAAUGGUUGCCCGCCUGGCACCGGGCGAGGACCUUCGUACCGGCUUCACCAUGCAGAUGGUCGACGAGUUCCGUCACUCCACGAUUCAGAUGAAUCUGAAAAAGUGGUACAUGGAAAAUUACAUCGAUCCUGCCGGAUUCGAUAUCACCGAAGAAGCCUUCGGCAAGUGCUAUGCCACGACGAUCGGCCGUCAAUUCGGUGAAGGUUUCAUCACCGGCGAUACCAUGACUGCUGCAUGCAUGUAUCUGACGGUUGUCGCAGAAACGGCGUUCACCAAUACCCUUUUCGUUGCGAUGCCUUCCGAGGCGGCAAGAAAUGGCGACUAUGCGCUGCCGACCGUGUUCCUGUCGGUACAGUCGGAUGAAAGCCGUCAUAUCGGGAAUGGUCACUCCCUGUUGAUGGCAGCUCUGAAGGAGCCGGAAAACCACCUGCUUCUCGAGCGGGAUCUCCGCUACGCGUUCUGGCAGAACCACGCCAUUGUCGACGCGGCGAUCGGUACGUUCAUCGAGUACGGCACAACCAACCGCGACAAGGAGAAAGAAUCCUACGCGGAGAUGUGGCACCGCUGGAUCUUUGAAGACUAUUACCGGACUUACAUGCUGCCGCUUGAAAAGUACGGUGUGAAGAUCCACCACGAUGACGUGCAGGAAGCCUGGAAGCGUAUCACCGACAAGAAAUACGUCCACAAGGUCGCACAGUUCUUCGCUGUCGGCUGGCCGGUAAAUUUCUGGCGGAUCGAAGCCCAGACGGAAAAGGACUUCGAGUGGUUCGAGCACAAGUAUCCGGGUUGGUACGCCGAAUUUGGCGACUUCUGGAAGUGGUACGAAAAACUCAGCAAGCCCGGCGAGAAGGUGAUCACCUUCAAUGAAGAGACCGGAUAUGUGUAUCCGCACCGUUGCUGGUCAUGCCUUGUUCCGUGCCUCAUCCGUGAGGACAUGGUGAUCGACCAGAUCGAUGGCAAAUGGCACACCUUCGCUCACGAACUGGACCGUUGGACCGCCGUGGAUGCCUUCUCCGACGAGUAUCAGGGUCGGCCGACACCGGCGAUGGGUAAAUUUUCCGGCAAGCGUGAAUGGGAAACCGUUUACGACGGCUGGGACCUGGCCGACGCGAUCAAGGAUCUCAACUUUGUCCGCGAUGACGGCGAAACCCUGGUGCCUCAGCCGCACCUGCGCUUCGACGACAAGGACCAGUGGAAGCUUGAGCACGUGCGCGGGCAUCAGCUGGCCUCACCCCUCAACGCAUUGCGGGCAAUGUCCGAUGCCGAGCGGGAUGCGCAUGUGGGCGAGUACCGCAAGGGCUUCACCAUCAAUCCAUGCACCUAA